AUGUUUGCUAAAGCUCGCCCUUCAAUUAUGGGUGGUCUUGGCCGCAUGAUUCCCAUGGUUACCUUGGAGCAAAGGAAGCUCUUCACGUCGGCCACCUCAGGGGCACACAACGUUUCACGCUGGGCGGGGUCUCGAUUCAACAGAGAUAUUCGACCUGCGUCCCCUUCGCGGGGUCUCGAUUCAACGACAGUCCGCCCCGCAAUUAUGGGUGAUCUUGGCCGCACGAUCCCCAUGAUCACCUUUGAGCAAAUGCUUUCCUGGAUUCUUCCUCAGGUUGACCUCAACUUGCAAGCCACCAGGUUGAACUUGAUUCAGAGCAAAGUUCUCCAACAGGGACAGGAUGGAUUUCACUGGAGUCACUUCACACACCCACCAGCAAACAGUGAGCUCCGCGAAUCGAUGGCUCACGAUGGUAUCAAACAUAUUGAAUCUGCCAUUGUUAGCAGCGCACUUUUCACCAGUGGUGUCAGGCGUCAACCAACAGCCGAGUAUGUCAGCAAUCCUUCAAAAACCCCACUGUCGUUGCGAAACAAGAACGAAAGCAAACCGGAUGGAUACGGACAACUGAAAAAAAAACAACGACACUAUGUCGGCCACGGGUGGAUGGAUAUCGUGUGGGCGGAAGAGUAUAAGAAGGGUACCUAUGAGGCAUUUGAAGCAGAUGAUGACCAAAAAAUGGCUUGGAGUUUGCACCACAUGCUUCGCAAUGACCCACGCAGGAGGUGCGUCUUCGGCAUCACCAUCGAAAACACCGCCACAAGAGUAUGGUUCGCAUCGCGCUCUGUUGUCGUCAAUACGGUGCCGUUCAACUUUAUACAAGAUUCUGACAAGUACAUUCAAUUGAUUGCGGCCCUCUCAUAUGGUAGCGCUCUCGACCUCGGCUUCGAUCCAACCGUCAAGGCCCUCAAGGAUGCCGACAAUAAGAUCUUCUUCGAUUUCACUGUUAAAGGAACAGAUUCCGCUGGAAAUUCUAUCAAAAAAACCUAUCGCACAGUCAAAGACAUAUUUGAGUUUGGCGCUAAUGCUUGUGCAACACGUGUCUACGAAGUCAAGGAAGUGGUGGGAGGUGUCCCCAGGGGCGAAUCGUUUGCGUUAAAGGAUUGUUGGGUGGACGAUGAGCGAGCGGUCGAGGGGGAUACUCUUCUCAAGAUCCUCUCUGGCUGCACGGAUGAAGAACGCAGUUUUUUUUUGACGCUCGAGGCCCACGGUACUGUCGAAGUGGAUGAUGCUGGAACGAAAGACAAUACCAAGACUGUUAUGAUGCGGGGAUUUGAUGUAUAUCAACCCAAAGAAGAAAUAAUUUCUGCUGAAAGGGCCUCCUCCAGACUCCCCCAAAGUAGUGCUUUCAUGCCCAAUGCCCGAGUUCAGCAAGAGGACAAACAAUAUACUUGGAAAAAUCACUAUCGUAUCAUCUUCAAGGAGGUGGGAAUUUCUAUGUAUGAGAUUCGGUCUCUCCAGGAUGCUUUCCAAGCUCUCAUCGAUAUGACAAAAGCACUGGAAAUCAUGGCCAAGAAGGAUUAUGUGCACCGGGAUAUCAGUGGUGGUAACAUACUUUUCUAUCAAGGCCGCGGAAAGUUAUGUGACCUUGAGUAUGCCAUCACACCUGAUGCUCAGGCCAAGAAUGUUUAUAAUAUGUGCAUGACCAAGCAUCACCCAAAAUUAAUGUUACAUCAGGGGACCUUGGACUUCAUGCCAGUAGAAGUCUACACUCAAACAUAUCUGAUCCUCCCCAGCGCCGUGUCAGAGGGCACACUUGAUAUUCAUGCCCGAGUCUUAGAAUAUCAACCCAAACGCCCAAUCGAAGCAGAUGUUACCCACACGAUUAUCCAUGAUGCAGAAUCUCUGUGGUGGGUUGGUGUAUGGAUUCUCUUUUGGAGUACCACAAAUGGGUAUGUUCUCGAAGAUGUCAACAACCAAAUCAACACAGCAGUGUCCCUCUUUCCCUGUCGGGGAGUGGCGGAAAGUGGAUCUCAAAGAGCGGCCGUUUUACAGAGUGGGAUGAAAUUUGAAAGCUACAUCAGGCAACUCCCUUCGAAUUUCUUCAAGCAUGGCGUGGCUAUGGAAAACUGUCGCCGUUUAUUGUGCGAAGCUUAUCGCACAUCCCGGAUCCCAGGCGAAGGCGUGAAGAAAGAGGCUCGGCUAGAAAUACUUUCGAAGUUCAGGGACCACUUGUCUGGUCUAUUCAGUCCGACCAUCGAGGAUUCUGAAAUACAACCUCUGCUCAACGUUCAGAAAUCCCUCACCCAACUGGGGUGCAAGGCGGACAAACAUGGGGGACUUGCACCAAACAUAGAUUACCUCCUCCAUGUCCUCGCUCUAAAUUCUAUAUACCCCACGGGCUCCUGGCAGUACGCGGACAUAAAUGGGAACAAUGGUCCGGGGACUGUUGUUGACAACGGGGUUACUACCCCAGUGGGUCACGAACCCUCGGCUGCCAGAACGAGGCGUGAAGACAAGAAGAAGGAAGCGGAUGGCGUGUUUGAAUUGCCUAAGAAAGCAUGGUGCUAA